AUGUUAGAUGAUGCACUAUGGGCUUAUAGAACAACGUUUAAAGCAUCUAUCGGGAUGUCACCGCAUAGGUUGGUGUACAGAAAAGCUUGUCAUCUGCCGGUGGACUUAGAGCAUAAGGCCUAUUGGGCUACGAAGACCCUCAACAUGGACUUAGAAACUGCGGGAGAGAAAAGGCUGCUGCAAUUAAAUGAGCUGGAAGAAUUUAGAAAUGAGGCCUAUGAGAAUGCGAAGAUCUACAAGGAGAGAACAAAGAAGUGGCAUGACCGAAGCUUAGUUAGGAAGGAGUUUCAACUCGGGCAGCAAUUGAAGUCAAGAUGGUCUGGACCAUUCACGGUGGUCAAGGCGUUUCCUUAUGGAGCUGUAGAAUUGAAAGGUGAAAGUCCAAAAUCAUUUAAGGUUAAUGGACAACGAUUGAAGCUCUACUUGGGAGGUCAAAUUGACCAAGCCAAGUCUGCCAUUAUAUUGGCGCCUCUUUAA